AGGAAUCAUCAGCUAUCACGGCUCCGUCACUGAAUUGUUCAGUGCGUCCUUCGUCCUCUCACAGCACAGAAAAGAAAAGAAAAAAAAAAAAAAUAAUAUCUAGAUAGCUGUUGUUUAGUUUACUCGAUAAAUAUGUCUACUACGACCGGUGGCGGAGAGUUUGGCAACCCUCUGCGGAAAUUCAAGCUGGUUUUCUUGGGCGAGCAGAGCGUGGGGAAAACAUCACUUAUCACCAGGUUUAUGUAUGACAGCUUCGAUAAUACCUAUCAGGCAACUAUUGGUAUAGACUUUCUGUCAAAAACCAUGUACUUGGAAGACCGCACGGUUCGGCUACAGCUGUGGGACACUGCAGGGCAGGAGCGCUUCCGCAGCCUCAUUCCCAGCUACAUCCGAGACUCCACUAUUGCUGUGGUUGUCUAUGACAUCACCAAUCUCAACUCCUUUCAGCAAACCUCAAAGUGGAUAGAUGAUGUCAGAACAGAGAGAGGAAGUGAUGUCAUUAUCAUGCUGGUUGGCAACAAGACAGACUUGGCUGAUAAAAGACAGAUUACCACGGAGGAGGGCGAGCAGAGGGCUAAGGAACUGAAUGUCAUGUUCAUUGAAACCAGCGCAAAGACUGGCUACAAUGUCAAACAGCUGUUUCGUCGUGUUGCUGCUGCUUUGCCUGGAAUGGAUAGUACACCAGAGAAGAGCAAAGAAGACAUGAUUGACAUCAAACUCGAGAAGCCUCCAGAGCUGCCUGUUACCGAGGGCAGCUGCUCGUGCUAGUAACCACCCUCGCCCCUCAUAAGGACCUGCACCCCCCCACUCGACCCCCUCACACUCAAACAGCUUGCUUCUCAGUGGUCAUUCGCUCCUCUCAUGGCCCUGUGUCAUUAUUGGAGAACCUUUUCUUUCUCUUUGACUCAGUGACUUUUCAGAGUAACCGUGUGGAUGUGCUAUUACUCUAUAUUAAAAUGGAUUCCAAAAAUACAGAUAUUAAUUGGAAAAAAGUGAAAUCACAGCAUAGAUUAUAAAUGCUAAAACCAUUCAGAUUUUCAUCUGUUCUGGCUGCAUGGCAUUAAGUGGGAUUGCAGACUGACAUAACUCAUUUGCUCUUGUGUUUCUCGCACUUAUUUUAACAUUAGUGAUGUCAUAGUUGUUGUGAAGUUCAAAUGUUUCAGACAAUUCAACUGUCUAGAGAGCUAGAAUUUUCUUUUUAAGUUCACAGGAGGAGUUGGAAAAACUAAACAAUAUUGUAAUGAGAGGCUGUAAACCUCUGUUACUGAUUAGUAUGAUUGUUUUUAAAUAUUUUUUUACUUGAGCAUUACACACUAUUCUGUUGACCAUAGUAGUUUUGGGCAGAAGUUAUUUAAAAGGAAGUUAUUGAAGGGAUCCCUUCUGUCUUAUAUCUAAUUUUUGUUGUGGAAUGUCAUCACGGACAGAAAAACAUGUACUGAUUAAUCUAUAUAACUGGAUGUUGUCACGUUAAAUAUGGUAUUAGGGGCCAGAUACAUUUAAAGGUUUUUUGUUCCAGGAUAUAUGUGUAUGGCCAAAAAAAAGAGUUUCUAAGAGCAAUUUGUUUUGAUGACCAACCUCAUUCGGGACAGACUAAUUUUAUUCAGGAAUCUUGGGAUGAUCGGAUCGCAUGAAAAUAGAAUGUAUUGAGCCGGGGAAGGGGGAGAGGAGAUUAGUAUAUAACACUGUUAGUAAAGGGAAGUUACUUUGUAUUCUUAUUUUAUUAAUGAAAACACAAAACCUAAGAUAUUUAAUGAAUUAUCCACAACUUCAGUUACGAAACCUAACAUUAAUUGUAAAAAUGUUUAUGUACUAACAACAUAAAUAUCAACACAUCGCUCUGAGCUUGGAAAUGGGAAGCAUCAGCAAUUCACACUAAGGGGUGCACAGUCCUAUCUGUAGUGCCCCUGCUCAUCUGCUCAUUUUCUGCCUUGUUUUCGCUACGCAAGUGUAGGAACGGCAUGCAGUUAGGGACUGUUUAACACAAAAUGCCUUGCUUGUUUUGUUCUGUCAUGGUGCACCAAAUCAGGCCACAGUGCUGUGGUUUGCUAGAGCCUGUUAACACUGCAUAGAGCUAAUGAGGUCUUUUGUUAAAUAGGAUAUUUAGAUUUCUUCCUUAAACACGGCUGUUGCUUAGUGUACAGACAUGUCUUGGUAUUGCUCCUUAGACUGUUGUUUAAUGUGUUUAUUUAUUAUCUCACUUGUUGGUGAAAAAAAACAUGUUGUAUGAUUGACAGGAAUGGCAGUUAGCAAUGUGUGGGAUACAAGUGGUUGACGUAUAAUUUGCAUUGCUGCCUGGCUACUGUAUUACGAAGACCUAGUCAUGUCAAUAUCUUGCCCCUAUAGUCACAUUAAUGAAGACCCCCAACCCCCCCCCCCCAAUGUGGAAUGUUAGGUUGCAAGAAUAGAGCUUGAAUUGGCUUUUAUUUGCUGGGCAGGUAUCACUCAACCCCCAGCACAAAUCUAUCCCUCUGUUUCUCUCUUUCAACUGUAAACCAACAAAUCUUUUCAUUGUGAAAACAAAAAAUAUCAAGUUUGUUUAAAAAUUUACAUUUAAUAUAAUUUCAUAUGUAAGAAUUAAAUAAGGAGCGAAAACCCUCCCGAACAGCUCUAUCACAUGUCAUCACUGACUGAAUACUCAGCUGUGUGCUAUUCUGAAGUGUGUUGGUCUGUUUGAAAUACGCUGUCUACUAGUGUUUAGCAAAGUUUGUGUGAACAAAGUACUAUUAUUAUAUGCUGUAAAAAAAAUGGAAGGUUAAAGUGACACCAAAAUGUAUCACAUGAAUAAAAGAUAUUUCACCAAA